UGCGAGUGUAUUACCAUACGAACUACAGGCGGCUUUGUUUAUCACGGCCCCUUUUAUGUACUAGUAUUAUUCUGAGGGCUGUGUUGUCUGCUCUUACGAAAUGCAGUUUAUAUUGGUUCUCGUGGCGUUGUUGUCCACUGUAUACGGAGACACACUGAAGUUUACCGGUAGAAAAUAUGGUUGUUACGAUGCCAAAUACGACAAGGGAAUCGUGGGGGUCAAAACCUAUCCCAGACCAUAUGAGAUCCUAAACAUUCAAGACUUGCCUAAGUCGUGGGAUUGGCGCAACGUUAACGGCACUAAUUAUGCAUCUACAACACGAAAUCAACACAUCCCGCAGUACUGCGGUUCAUGUUGGGCGAUGGGAUCAACUAGUGCUAUGGCAGAUCGUAUAAACAUCAAACGUGGUGGUGCCUGGCCAUCUGCAUACCUCUCAGUACAGAACGUAAUAGACUGUGGUAAUGCUGGAUCCUGUAACGGCGGUGGUGAUCUUGGCGUCUGGCAGUAUGCUCAUGAGAAAGGAAUUCCUGACGAGACUUGUAACAAUUACCAGGCCAAGAACCAGGAUUGUGACCUGUUCAACCAGUGCGGUUCCUGCCACGCAUUUGGUCAAUGUUAUAAUGUAACUGAUUAUAAGAAGUGGAAAGUUGGUGACUAUGGGAGUGUGAAUGGUCGUGAAAAAAUGAUGGCAGAGAUCUAUGCUAAUGGACCAAUCAGUUGUGGUAUUGAUGCUACAAAAGCCUUGGAGGCGUAUACUGGCGGUGUUUAUACAGAAUAUCACAUGGCCGCCGGG